ACGAAGAGGUAGUACUCGAGCGCGCGGUACUCGAGGAUCUCUUGGGUUAGUAUUAUAAUAGUACUGCGUAAAGUGGUUUAACGGAAAGUUGGUUAUAUACGGAGUGUUACAGUUUUGUGUGUGUUUUAUGAGGAUUUCUUAACGAAGAUCCUACUGGAAUUAUAGGGUGAAAGUUAGCACUCAUCUUAAGAGAAAUCUUACGACGGAAGCUUAGAAUUUUCACACAACGCUGACUAAUUCUUCAAUAAAGAAGAACGCAACGGUUAGCAAUCUAGAACUACUUUUAUUUAACGUGACUAAUAAACCGUGAAGAGUGACGAUAACUAUUACCUAUUGUUAGUGUAUAUGGUUGUGCUUUAGUUCUGCAUACAUAAGUGUUGUUUUUAUGACAAAUAUACUAUUCUGGAUUGUUUUAUGAAAUAUGAAAUAUUCUUGAGGAUUUGAUUGGAACAUGACCGUCUCAAUGGAGAGGAAAGGACAUAGGAAAAGCUCUUGGGAUUCCAAGACUUCAGUAAGUUCAAUUGGAUCAGGUUCAAGACAUUACAGAAGAUCUCCUAGUUCAAUAAUCUCAUCAGACUCAGAUAUACGGUUUACAAGAAAAAAGCUGACAUCCCAAUACAAAUGUGGAUGUUGUAUAAUUGCCAUAUUUCUUCUAUUUCUCCUUCUAGCAGCAGUAGGCGUUUAUCUAGGAUAUACAUUUUUUCUUCCUCAAGACCCAGACGAGCAGAUAUUCAGAGCGACGUUUAGGGUGAUAGAGGGGGAUACCUUUAGUUCAGAAUUAGCAGAUCCUAGUACAAAUAAAUUCAGAAACCGAUCUCGUGAUUAUAGAGAAAGACUGAACCUUUUAUUUAGGAGAAGUUCGGUGCGACAUGGAUAUAUGGGUACUGAAGUUUUAGCCUUGGAUGGAACUGAAGAUAAAGACUUGGUAGUCCAUUUCAAUAUCCAUAUAAAUCCAUACUACCUCGAGAUUCGAGCUAAAGACUUGGAAAAUAUUUUAUCGAAUGAAAUUAGUUUAGCGGAAUCCCUCUUCUUUAAAAACCUUACGAUCGAUGUUAAAAGUGUCGAAGUCAAACCAGAAAAUGAACCACCGCGGGUGUCUUCAACUACAGUGAUAUCAGUAACCGAAGCCAUAACAGAAAAACCAGAACCUCCUAGAAGGUGUUUUCCGCUAGAGUUGGAUUAUUGUAAGAAGCUAGGUUAUAAUAUCACUACGUAUCCCAAUAUUUUCAGACACUGGAGCAUCAAAGACGUGAAGAAUGACGUAAUAUCAUUUAGAGAAUUGGUGGAUGCAGAAUGCUACAGACAUGCAUACGACUUUAUUUGUCAAAUUCUUCAACCUUCCUGUAAGAAAGGAACCACUGAAGAUGAGAUGAUAUUGCCUUGUAGAAGUUUCUGCAGAGACUUCAUGACUGGGUGCGGAAACCGACUUCAAGGCAAAAUUAAAGAGUUUCUGGAUUGUGCCAGGUUUCCUGAGUUCGGUGAUGGCACUUGUUUUUCAAAACCAGGUUGUGUAGAAGAACUUCAGUCAAAGGCACUUUCACCGCGUAUAUGUGAUGGCGUUAUUGAUUGUCAAGAUGUUGCCGAUGAAAAAUCGUGCAGUUACUGCCCUAAAAGCCAUCUUCACUGUGGAAUCGGUCGCGUCUGUAUUCAAAAAUCCAAAAGGUGUGAUGGACAUUGGGACUGCCCAGACGGAAGUGACGAAAGAGGAUGUUUGAGUUUGGCGCCAACAGUUGAAUCAAUGAAAAAAGCUGAUAUGGUAACUCCGCAUCCGUUAAGAUAUUACUCCGAAGGAUUUUUAACAUUUAACGAAAAGGGUGAAGUUGGAAAAUUAUGCACUGAAAGUAUUAAUAAAAGCCUGCCACUUAACCAGUCCAUUGCUGUUUUAGCAGCUGCUGCGACGUCUCUUUGUAAAACACUGACGUACGAAAACAUGGCUUCAAUGAAGAUCGAAUAUGAUUUUGAAGAAAACGUACCCUAUGUUAGAAUGAGAAAUCCUACAGCCUCUGAAAUUAGUUUCGUAAGAACAAAAUGCCCUUCAAAGCAAGUUCUUAAAGUUACAUGUUCGGAUCUACAAUGUGGAAUAUCCGCAACUCAUGGGCAGAAUGGUCUAAAGACUUUAUCAAAGAUGGCGCAGCACGGAGAUUGGCCUUGGCAUACGACCCUUUUUAAAGAAGACGUUCAUAUUUGCGAUGGUACUCUAGUCUCUCCAGAUUGGGUGGCUACAACAACAUCCUGUUUUCAAGGUCAGCCUAAAGCAGAGUGGACUGCUAGGUUUGGGAUAACCCGACUGUUCAGCUCAACCCCUUGGGAGCAAGAGAGAAGAAUUAUCGGAAUGAUAAAAUCUCCUGUAGAAGGCAGUACCAUAGCUCUUAUUAAAUUAGACAAGCCUGUAACCUUGAAUGACUUCGUGAGGCCCGUAUGUCUCCCUAAGGAGAACAUGGGUUUACCAUCCGAACAGUUGCAGUGCAACACUUUAGGAUGGACCAGGAAUAGAGAACAGCUUCAGAGAGUCCAGGUCAAGCUGGCAGACAAAGAAAAAUGCGAGAAUAUCAGUAUAUCAAGUGUCAACAGUAUCUGUACUGAAGCGUUUUACGGAGAAAAUGAUUGCAAUGAGGAAGAAUUUGCUGGAAGCCCCAUGAUAUGCCAGUACAAAAAAGAUGAGAGAUGGUUUUUAACAGGAAUCACUAAUUGGAGAAUAGCUUGUGCCAAAAAUGGUUCAGAACGUCCUAGACUAUACGAUAAAAUAUCCUCAAACGUGAAAUGGAUCAAAGACAGUAUGAACAAUGACGAAAGAUGAAAUAAAACAAUAAAAUAGUGAUAUAAACGGACAAAUUGUCGGGCAAAUAAACAUUGUUUUAAUUCUGAAAGUUUUCUUCGGAAGACCAGUUUUGUGAUUUGUAGUUUGAGUUGUGCCAAUAAGGGAACUGAUUUUAAGGAGAUAAUACAUGUCAAGUUAAAUAAAAAUCAUCAAUAAUUUUGCGCUAAGUAAGAGAAUUGUUUUGUUAAUUUCUUAGAAUCAUCUCUAACCCUUUGCUUGUUAAAGUGCACUGCCUUACUAUUAUUAUUUUCUCGAUAUUUUCGUAAGGAAAUAUAAAAAAAUGUUUAAAUAUUGGAAAACAAAUAGGUUAAGGUAUUUGUGAGAUCUAUACCUAUAAUGACAACACCUGUAACAAAGUGCUAAGAGAGUAUUUUCAUAUUACCAAAAGCCAGCAAUACAUCUAGAACAACAAAAAUUCGAAUAUACGAAAUGACAAUAAGACCUCUAGUUAAACAAUGACCAAAGAAGAGAGAGAUAAUGAAGAGUACUGCGAAAGCACUUAGAAAAAAAAAACGAACCAAGAAAUAAAAUAAAUGACCAGAGACAGAGAUCUUUAGAGACGAAUAAUACACGACACCGCGAUGACCAUCACACUCCCUCUGGAGGGGCAGGACUGAAGAGAGAGAUAUUCUUCUUCGUCUUAGCCUUCUAUCGUUCAUUUUUGGACAUAGGCCUCUUCAAACUCCUUCAAUCAACCCCUUCCUGAGCUACAUACUUCCAAUUUGUUCCGUCUAUUCUUUUUAUAUCAUCUACCCAUCUCAUGUGGUCGUCUUGUUGGUCGUUUAUCUUUGGAAGGUCUCCAGUGUUGUAUUGUGGCAUUCCAACGUUGGUAUUUUUGUCUAUCAGUGUGGUCUCCAAGCUCAAUUUCAGUUUGACAAUUUUUGCUGUCACACCUUCGAGAUUUGUUUUUUGAUCUGACCCAGUCGUUCCUUUUUUUUCUGACAGCCGUAUACCUAACAUUGCUUCUUCCAUGAAGAUGGGAGACCAAAAAUUAUACAAAACAUACGCACAAAAAGAGCGAUGUGUGUAAAGUAUAAGGGAGAGUCGGCUAUUGGUGCGCACCUAAGGUUAAUUCAGAAUAUUUCUCAAACUUGAAACAUUUCAAUUUCCAACUUUUUUGAAGAUAUACUUCAAAGGCAUAGGUAUAUUGAUAGGGACCGCAUUAAAUGAAUGGUUGAACAGUAGAACAGUGAGAGGCGAAAUUUCCAUUAGUGUAACGCGCACAAUUACCCGGCCUAUACGGCUAAUGGUGCGCAUAUGUCGGAUAACUUUGCACAAUAAUAGAACUUAAAAAUAACCUUCGAAUAUGUAGUUUAUUGAACAUAAAUAUUAAAGGGACAAACAAAUAUACAGAAAAUAUCAGAACCAAGUUACAGAUAUGUUAAAAGAUCUAAGCAUCGCAGAAGUCCCAAAUGUAUCCUUCUGGACUAUCAUCUCGUGUACAUACAUAUAUGACGCAGUCACAAAUCGUAAAGAGAUGCCUUUAUUUACCUUGCCGGCUAAUGGUGCGCAAUGCGCACCUUUAGACGAUCUUACACUUCACUACAUAACACAAAAUUGGAGAAAAACAAAAAAGAAUCGAGCAAAAGUAACUACACCAGGGUCUAAAAUGGCAAAUAAAUAAAAUGUAUGUGUACUUUUUAAACUGUAUUUCUGUCAAGAAAAAAAUAAUCGCUUAUUUUCUCAGACAUAAAAAUAAUAUCAUACCACGCAAAAACAUGUAAAUGAUAACUGCCAACCGGUAAAGUAUCUACCAACGUUCGUUUUUGUAAGAUACAUCUGGUAGUUGCUAAUAGAUGGCCCUACAAUAAAGUUUUUGCAAUUUUAUUAAAUAGGGGAUUAGAAACAUUGAUGCGCACAAUUAUCCGACGCGCAUCAUUAGCCGACUCUCCCCUAAGAGCCUCCCCUACUUGUAAGAGCUCGCAACAACCAAACAAGUGGGUAAGACUAAGACUACUAACAAUAUAAUAUUAAGAAAUAUUGACUAUCAUUAACAGAGGCUCUCAAGUUAUAUACCAUUAGUUGUAGUUGUAAGUUAAGCCUUGUUUGAAGCCACAUACUAGUAAUUAUAUAAUGGUAAUUCUUUAGAAGUGACAUUUCUCAAGUAUUUUCGUCAUUUAGAGUGGAGUAUGCCUUGAGAUCUGUCAACUGAUACGAAUCAGUAUUGAAAUUUUCGAUGCAUCUGGGAAGAGGAUUUUAUAGUUAGCACUGUUUAGGCACGAUCUGAGACAUAUUCUGUUUAGAUGCAUACUCUAUUACCUAUUUAAAAUAAUUGUUAAUCGCAACUAUUAUUAAUGUUAAUAGCAACCAAGAUGUUCUACAACCGUCGACUUUUCACACUUACCAAGACUGCCUUUCCUCUUGUGUUCAUUCAAACGAAUCAAGAAAUACAUAGAGUAUUCACACUAUGUUUUGUGUUGUUCUUAUGUACAUGUAACGAGAACUAUAGGGGAACAGACAUGGUAAAUUCCGUUAGACAACAAUUAUUUAGAAGCCUUGGCCAAUCUUAGACUUUCUUGUACCGUCUUCGUUGGUUUGAAGAUAGACACGGUUUGCUUAGAUUUCGCCAAUUCGACCUGGGAAAUUUUUAAAAACACUGUGUACACAAUGGUUUAUAUGCCAGUUAGAUGGCUUCUCAGUUUUUUCAUAAGCGUAACCGGGGGGGUGGUUUUGGGGGUUAUAACACCCCCCUUUUGGAUGUACUUUGAGUGCUAUAGGCUUAACACCAUUAUUAUUCCAUAACCCCCAGAGACCUUCAAGUAGAUGUAACCCCCCCUUAGGAUCAUUCUGGUUACAGCUCUAGUUUUCUUCCUAAAAAAUUUUGCCACAACCUUGCUCAAAGGAUUUUUCAUUGUCAUCAGAUGGAAAAGUCAUAACUUUUCAUCAUAACAUUUUCAGAGAAUUAUUGACCUAAUAUCUCACGAUAGUAAACAGUGAAAACGACCCAUAAACUAACUACCAUAUCAUCUCUUUUUAGCGCGAUAUUCUGAUUUUUCGAUAUUCUGACAUAAGUGACAUAAUUAUCAGAUUGGCAAAUGAAUGGUUUUAGUAACAUUGAUUGAUAUUUUGCUGUAUUCUAUAUAGUAGGCGUUAGGCGUUAAUAUUGAAGCUUACAGGAACAUCUCCUUCUCAAUUUUGGGAAGGCCCUACAGUACCGGUGGUAAUACUUCUGCCUUUCAUUUUCUGGAAAGUGUACAUAUCCAGUAGGUUUUUAAUUUUGUUCCUAUAAUUUAUCAUCCUCUGUUUAUAGUCCGACAGUUAGGUUUAGGUUCCCACUAUAAGCAGGUAAAAUGAAAAUAUUCUUGUCAUCGCCAACUCAUGAGAUUGAUUUUAGGUGAUUUGGCUCAUCCCAAUUCUCUCUCUCUCUCUCUCUCUCUCUCUCUCUCUCUCUCUCUCUCUCUCUCUCUCUCUCUCUCGUUUAUUUUGUUGCUCGGGGGUUUUUGGGAUCGCUGAAAAGGAAUUUGAUGUCGUAAGUGAUCUCUGGUGCCCAGGGUACCUAUUGUUUACCUCGUCUUGUGGAGUUUUCGGCAAAUUCAUUAAAAAAUUAGUCAAAAAUCAUUACUCGAGGGGUUUUUGGGGUCGCUAAUGAUGAAUAUAAUAUCGGAAGUGAUCUCCGGAGUACCCUGGUAGUACCCAGGGUACCUACUGUUUACCUCGGCCUGUGGAGUUUUCUCGUCACAUUAAUUAAAAAAUUAGUCAAAAAUCAUUACUUGGGGAGUUUUUGGGGUCGCUGACGACGAAUAUGACAUCGAAAGUGAUUUUCGGAGUACCUGGUACCCAAGGUACCUACUGUUUACCUCGUCUUCUGGAGUUUUCGGAAAUUUCAUUAAAAAUUAGUCAAAAUUCAUUACUUGGGAGGUUUUUGGCGUCUCUGACGACGAAGAUGAUAUCGGAAGUGAUCUCCGGAGUACCUGGUGCCCAGGGUGCCUACGUCGUCUUCUGGAGUUUAGAUAAAUUCAUUAAAAAAUUAGUCAAAAAGCAUUACUCGAGGGGUUUUGGGGUCUCUGAAGACGAAUAUGACAUCGGAAGUGGUCUCCGGGGUACCUGGUGUCCAGGGUACCUACUGUUUAUGUCGUGACUAAUGAUUUUUGACUAAUUAUUUAAUGAAUAUGCCAAAAACUCCAGAAGACGAGAUAAACAGUAGGUACCCUGGGUACCAGGUACUCCGGAGAUCACUUCAAAUUUCAUAUUCGUCGUCAGCGACCCCAAAGACACCCCGAGUAAUGAUUUUUGACUAAUGGUUUAAUGAAUUUGCCGCAAAUUCCACAACACGAGGUAAGCAGUAGGUACCCUGGGCACCAGGUACUCCGGACAUCACUUACUAAGUCAUAUUCUUUCUCAGCUACCCCAAAAACCCCGAGUAACAAAAUUGAACUCAUUUCCGCCGAUAAUUGACGAGUUCUGAAUUUUUUCUAUUGUCUGUUUGAGAUGCCCUUUAGGAAUGCAUGUUUUGUACGCAGUUUUUCAACAUUAUCUCAUGGCUAGGGGUCACAAAGUUUUCUGACGCAUUCAUGAAUCGAAUGCAAAAAGAAUUACUAAGAUCCGUCUUGUCGUAUUUUUUUUUCGGAGGUAGGGCCGAUUUUAGUACUUUAUUGCUUCGCCUAAAAUUAUUCUUGUGAUACUGUUCAUUUUAAUAUUUUAAACACUUUUCAUGAAACAGUAGAUUCGUCGGUACUUUACAGUACACGACAUAUUUCUUAAAAUUUUCAAAACUGAUUUACUACUUACAAAAAACCACCUUAUAAUAGAUAUUGAUCAAAUAAGUAUACAAAAUUAUUGAUGACCAAAUUUAAUUGAUGUUAUUUUUGCUGUUGUAAAGAUAUUCGAAAAUAAAUGCUGUAUUAUAAGUAGGUAACUGUAUUAUGAAAAGGAUUCAUGUAUUUUUAUCUUUUAAGAUAAUUUUAAUUGUAUAUAUUUUUAAAACGACUUGUGACUGAUAAUCUACAUUCUAUUGCAAAUAAUAUUAGCACUAUUUUAAUUUCCAGGAAAUUGACUAACGCAUUUAUUUGUUAAUUAGAGUUGUCGGAAUUCCAAAGCUGCAUAGAAUAAAAAUAUGAUUUUUAUUAGUUUUGGAUAUAACAAUAAAGUUCACUUCUUGCAACCUGAGUUAAUUUAUUAGCAGUAGGUUUAUCCAACACAAUAUUACUCAAUAAUGACAAAAUUUGUUUGUUGGUAUUCUCAUUUUUUUUAUUACAUUUCCUAGAAUAAUAUAUUAUACUUACUUAGGGCAAGAAGUAAUAGGGACUUAAAUUAAAAUAUAACAUCAUCCUCAAAAGAAAUUUGAGAAAAACAGUCAGACUAUAUUGUUACCAAGAGGGAAAUAUAUUUCACACGAAUUUAACAAACUGUAUAUUUUAUCUUGUUAAUUAUUUAAAAUAAAGGAUUGUUUGUUUCUU